AUGGAGUGGAGGAGUGAUCAGCGAUUGGUGUAUGUGCCCAAGGCUGUUGAUCAGGAAGGUCAUCCAGGAGAUAUGCUGUCUGCAGUAAACAUGAAUUUGUGUGGAACAAAUCAUGCCAUUAGCUGUAUUGCUUUUUAUUAUAGAAUUAGAAGACCAGUGAAUGAAGGGAAUGUAGUAGAUGUAAUAGAAGCAUUCUUGGUACGGUACCCCAUGAUAUUUCAAAAGCUGAGUCAUAUUGCCUUGGCUACAAAGGCUGUCACGUGGUUUAAAAGCUGGCUGAAGGCCUGUAUGCAGGAGGUUCUUCCACAUGACCUGAAGGAGCAGGUGGCCAUGGUUGAGCACAGAGCUAACCUGUUGCAGGGAGAAACUGAGGAGCUAAGGACAGCUCUGGAACAGACAGAGAGGAGCAGGAAAGUGGCUGAACAGGUGCUCAUGGACAACACUGAGUGCGUGCAGCUCCUGCAUACCGAGAACACCACCCUUAUGAGUACAAAGAAGAAGCUGGAAACCGAUAUUGCCCAAAUCCAAAGUGAGGUGGAGGAGGCUAUUUAAGAGGCAAGAAAUGAUAAAGAGAAAGCAAAGAAGGCAAUUACAGAUGCAGCCAUGAUGGUGGAGGAGCUGAAGAAGGAGCAGGACACCAACACUCACCUGGAGAGGAUGAAGAAGAACCUGGAGCAGACGGUGAAGGACCUGCAGCUCCAUCUGGAUGAGGCAGAACAGCUGGCACUGAAGGGUGGCAAGAAGCAGCUUCAGAAGCUGGAGUCCAGGAUCCAAGAGCUCGAGUCCAAGCUGGAAGGAGAGCAGAAACAAGCUGCAGAUGCCAUCAAAGGCAUUUGGAAAUAUGAACGGUGCAUCAAGGAGCUGACUUUCCAGGGUGAAGAGAACAAAAAGAGGUUACAGGACUUAGUGGAUAAACUUCAGUUGAAAGUCAAAUCCUACAAGAGAGAAGUUGAGGAGGCUGUGAAUACACAAGUCAAUGUUCACCUCUCCAAAUUCAGGAAAGUACAGCAUGAGUUGGAGGGGGCUGAGGAACAAGCAGAUAUUUCUGAGUCUCAGGUCAAUAAGCUUAGAACUAAGACCUGAGAAGUUACCUCCAAAAAGGUAAGCCAUUAAUGUUAGAUGCAACUGUGCAGUUUGCACUGAAUGCCUGAAGGUGGUUAAGUUGUCUUAGAAAUCACAGCUAUGCUCACCAGUAAGAUAGACUCCAGGCUUCCCUAUGACAAACAAAGCUUUUAUCUUUUAUCUUGGUAGUGUCAUCGGUAUGGCCAGUGCUCAGAAGCUACCUACAGAAGAGGGGUAGAAAUAACAUGAUCACCCUAAAAAUGCCUAAUGUAACUUCCAUUUCAGUAACUGCUGCCUCCCCAUAAUUUACCUUAACAUAUUCUGUAUGAGUACCUGGUCAAAGCUGCGUUGCCAGUUUCAUUUUCCUUUUUUUCUACACUGCAGCCCUUUUUUGCUUGCAUUUUUCAUAGUAUCUCCUACUUGCUUUCUUCUUCCCCGUCCAACCUUCUUAGCCCCUUUUCUUCUGAACACGAGGCAGUGGAUGGGAGGGACUGACCCCUAGUGGAGCCUACCCACGCUGCUCCUUUAAUUCCCUCACCUCUUCAGCACUCCCAGGGCACUAGAAAACCUGAGCUGGUAGAGCUGAGCGAAUAACUGAUUUCUCAGUCCAAGUUUCACCCUGAAAAAAAACCUGGCUCAGGGGCGGAAAUGAAAACCCAAAAAAUAAAUUGUUUUGGGUCAGGUGAAUCUUUCCUUUGACCCCAAAGGUGGGUUUUUUUCAGUUUUUUAUUUAGUUUUCAGUUCUUUGAGGGUGUUUUUCACCCCCUUUUUGUUCACACUUUUUUUGCUGAAUUUCUAAAUGAAACACCAUUUUAAAAUGAAGA